AUGUCCACCUCCAUGUCCGUCUCCGUCUCCGCCGCCGCAUCUUCCUCCCUGCCUCCCCUCCUCGCCCGCCGCCGCUCGCCGCCGGCGUCCCUCGUCCCGGUCCGGAGCCUCCGGUCCUGCCCCCGUCCCCGCCUCCUCUCCUCCGCGCGCACGACCCCCGUCCUCCUCCCCGCCGCCGCGAUGGCCGCCCCGGCCCCCGCCGCCUCCUCGAAGAGGGACCUGCUCAUCUUCGACGCCGAGGAGAACCUCGCGGUGGCCCUGGCCAAGUACACAGCGGAUAUUUCCGCGAAGUUCGCCGCCGAGAGGGGCGCCGUCACCGUCGUGCUCUCCGGCGGAUCCCUCAUCUACGCCCUCAGGAAGCUGACGGAGGCGCCGUACCUGGAGACGGUUGACUGGAGCAAGUGGCAUGUGUUCUGGGUAGACGAGAGGGUCGUGCCCAAGGACCACGAGGAUAGCAACUACAAGCUCGCCCUGGAUGGGUUCCUCUCCAAGGUACCAAUUCCUGCUGGUCAAGUGUAUGCUAUCAAUGAUGCCUUGUCUGCUGAGGGAGCAGCAGAGGACUAUGAAACUAUCUUGAAGCAACUUGUUAAGAAUGGCGUCCUUGCAAUGUCAAAGACAACUGGGUUUCCCAGGUUUGAUCUCCAGCUUCUUGGCAUGGGCCCUGACGGUCACAUCGCCUCUCUCUUCCCAGGCCAUCCUCUUGUUAAAGAGAACAAGAAGUGGGUCACCCACAUCUUGGACUCUCCAAAGCCGCCACCACAGAGAAUCACAUUCACGUUUCCGGUGAUCAACUCGUCCGCAUAUGUCGCCAUGGUGGUAACUGGGGCUGGGAAAGCCGGUGCAGUGCAGAAGGCGAUUUCGGACAAGAAGACAUCUGAUUUGCUCCCUGUUGAGAUGGCUAUACUUGAUGAUGGAGAAUUCACCUGGUUCACCGACAAGGAGGCGGUGUCGAUGCUGCAGAACUAG